ACCGGCCACAGCCUGCCUACUGUCACCCGCCUCUCCCGCGCGCAGACACACGUCCCCGCCUCCGUGGGCACAAAGGCAGCGCGGUUGGGGGACUCGGGACCGCGCACGUGGGAACCGCUGCUGCUUCCCACUCCAGGUGCUUCUUCCAAGGAUCUAGGUCUCUCCCCCAUCAGAAAGAAAAUAAUUCUUUCGAGAAGAUCAGGGACAACUGAUUUGAAGUCUACUUUGUGCUUCUAAAUCCCCAAUUCUGCUGAGAGUGAGACACCCCAGAACCGUAGAACCCCAGCAGCACCCAGCCAAACCCACCUCCACCAUGGGGGCCAUGACUCAGUUGUCGGCAGGUGUCCUUCUUGCUUUGCUAGCCCUCCUUACCGAAGGUGGGGUCCUCAAGAAAGUCAUCCGGCACAAGCGACAGAGUAGGGUGAACAUCACCCUGCCAGAGGAGAACCAGCCAGUGGUGUUUAACCACGUCUACAACAUCAAGCUGCCAGUGGGAUCCCAGUGUUCGGUGGAUCUGGAGUCAGCCAGUGGGGAGAAAGACCUGGCCCCACCUUCAGAGCCCAGUGAAAGCUUCCAGGAGCAUACAGUGGAUGGGGAAAACCAGAUUGUGUUCACACAUCGCAUCAACAUCCCCCGCCGGGCCUGUGGCUGUGCCGCAGCCCCUGAUAUUAAGGAGCUGCUGAGCAGACUGGAGGAGCUGGAGAACCUGGUGUCUUCCCUGAGGGAACAAUGUGCUGCAGGAGCAGGCUGCUGUCCCCAGUCUGCCAUAGGCCGCGUGGACACUAGGCCCUUCUGCAGCGGUCGGGGCAACUUCAGCACUGAAGGAUGUGGCUGUGUCUGUGAACCUGGCUGGAAAGGCCCCAACUGCUCUGAGCCCGAAUGUCCAGGCAACUGUAACCUUCGAGGCCAGUGCAUUGAUGGGCAGUGCAUCUGUGAUGAGGGCUUCACGGGCGAGGACUGCAGCCAGCUUGCUUGCCCCGGCGACUGCAAUGACCAGGGCAAGUGCGUGAAUGGAGUCUGUAUCUGUUUCGAAGGCUACGCCGGGGCUGACUGCAGCCAGGAAAUCUGCCCGGUGCCCUGCAAUGAGGAGCACGGCACGUGUGUAGAUGGCUUGUGUGUGUGCCACGAUGGCUUUGCAGGCGAUGACUGCAGCAAGCCUCUGUGUCUCAACAAUUGCUACAACCGUGGGCGAUGCGUGGAGAAUGAGUGCGUGUGUGAUGAGGGUUUCACCGGCGAAGACUGCAGUGAGCUCAUCUGCCCCAAUGACUGCUUCGACCGGGGCCGCUGCAUCAAUGGCACCUGCUACUGCGAAGAAGGCUUCACAGGUGAAGACUGCGGGAAACUCACCUGCCCACACGCCUGCCAUGGCCAGGGCCGGUGCGAGGAGGGGCAGUGCGUAUGCGAUGAGGGCUUUGCUGGUGUGGACUGCAGCGAGAAGAGGUGUCCUGCUGACUGUCACAAUCAUGGCCGCUGUGUAGACGGGCGGUGUGAGUGUGAUGAUGGUUUCACGGGAGCUGACUGUGGGGAGCUCAAGUGUCCCAAUGGCUGCAGUGGCCAUGGCCGCUGUGUCAAUGGGCAGUGUGUGUGUGAUGAGGGCUAUACUGGGGAAGACUGCAGCCAGCUACGGUGCCCCAAUGACUGCCACAGUCGGGGCCGCUGUGUCCAGGGCAAAUGUGUAUGUGAGCAAGGCUUCAAGGGCUAUGACUGCAGUGACAUGAGCUGCCCCAAUGACUGUCACCAGCACGGCCGCUGUGUGAAUGGCAUGUGUGUUUGUGAUGACGGCUACACAGGUGAAGACUGCCGGGAUCGCCAGUGCCCCCGGGACUGCAGCAACAGGGGCCGCUGUGUGGACGGAGAGUGCGUCUGUGAGGACGGCUUCACCGGCCCUGACUGCGCAGAACUCUCCUGUCCAAAUGACUGCCAUGGCCGGGGUCGCUGUGUGAACGGGCAGUGCGUGUGCCAUGAAGGAUUCAUGGGCAAAGAUUGCAAGGAGCAAAGAUGUCCCAGUGACUGUCAUGGCCAGGGCCGCUGCGUGGACGGCCAAUGCAUCUGCCAUGAGGGCUUCACAGGCCUGGACUGUGGCCAGCGCUCCUGCCCCAGUGACUGCAGCAACUUAGGACAAUGCGUCUCAGGCCGCUGCAUCUGCAACGAGGGCUAUGCCGGGGAAGACUGCUCAGAGGUGUCUCCUCCCAAAGACCUCAUCGUGACAGAAGUGACGGAAGAGACGGUCAACCUGGCCUGGGACAAUGAGAUGCGGGUCACGGAGUACCUUGUUGUGUACACGCCUACCCACGAGGGCGGCCUGGAAAUGCAGUUCCGUGUGCCUGGGGACCAGACGUCUACCAUCAUCCGGGAGCUGGAGCCUGGUGUGGAGUACUUUAUCCGUGUAUUUGCCAUCCUGGAGAACAAGAAGAGCAUUCCUGUCAGCGCCAGGGUGGCCACGUACUUGCCUGCACCUGAAGGCCUGAAAUUCAAGUCCAUCAAGGAGACAUCUGUGGAAGUGGAGUGGGAUCCUCUAGAUAUCGCUUUUGAAACCUGGGAGAUCAUCUUCCGGAAUAUGAAUAAAGAAGAUGAGGGAGAGAUCACCAAAAGCCUGAGGAGGCCAGAGACCUCUUACCGGCAAACUGGUCUGGCUCCUGGGCAAGAGUAUGAGAUAUCUCUGCACAUAGUGAAAAACAAUACCCGGGGCCCUGGCCUGAAGAGGGUGACCACCACACGCUUGGAUGCCCCCAGCCAGAUGGAGGUGAAAGAUGUCACAGACACCACUGCUUUGAUCACCUGGUUCAAGCCCCUGGCUGAGAUCGACGGCAUUGAGCUGACCUACGGCAUCAAAGAUGUGCCAGGCGACCGUACCACCAUCGAUCUCACAGAGGACGAGAAUCAGUACUCCAUCGGGAACCUGAAGCCUGACACUGAGUACGAGGUGUCCCUCAUCUCCCGCAGAGGUGACAUGUCAAGCAACCCAGCCAAAGAGACCUUCACAACAGGCCUCGAUGCUCCCAGGAAUCUUCGACGUGUUUCCCAGACAGAUAACAGCAUCACCCUGGAAUGGAGGAAUGGCAAGGCAGCUAUUGACAGUUACAGAAUUAAGUAUGCUCCCAUCUCUGGAGGGGACCAUGCCGAGGUUGAUGUUCCAAAGAGCCAACAAGCCACAACCAAAACCACACUCACAGGUCUGAGGCCGGGAACUGAAUAUGGGAUUGGAGUUUCUGCUGUGAAGGAAGACAAGGAGAGCAAUCCAGCGACCAUCAACGCAGCCACAGAGUUGGACACACCCAAGGACCUUCGGGUUUCUGAAACUGCAGAGACCAGCCUGACCCUGCUCUGGAAGACCCCGUUGGCCAAGUUUGACCGCUACCGCCUCAAUUACAGCCUCCCCACAGGCCAGUGGGUGGGAGUGCAGCUUCCAAGAAACACCACUUCCUAUGUCCUGAGAGGCCUGGAACCGGGACAGGAGUACAAUGUCCUCCUGACAGCCGAGAAAGGCAGACACAAAAGCAAGCCCGCACGCGUGAAGGCAUCCACUGAACAAGCCCCUGAACUGGAAAACCUCACCGUGACUGAGGUUGGCUGGGAUGGCCUCAGACUCAACUGGAUCGCAGCUGACCAGGCCUAUGAGCACUUUGUCAUUCAGGUGCAGGAGGCCAACAAGGUGGAGGCAGCUCAGAACCUCACCGUGCCUGGCAGCCUCCGGGCUGUGGACAUCCCGGGCCUCAAGGCUGCCACUCCUUAUACGGUCUCCAUCUAUGGGGUGAUCCAGGGCUAUAGAACACCAGUGCUCUCUGCUGAGGCCUCCACAGGGGAAACUCCCAAUUUGGGAGAGGUCAUGGUGGCCGAGGUGGGCUGGGAUGCCCUCAAACUCAACUGGACUGUUCCGGAAGGGGCCUAUGAGUACUUUUUCAUUCAGGUGCAGGAGGCUGACACAGUAGAGGCAGCCCAGAACCACACGGUCCCAGGAGGACUGAGGUCCACAGACCUGCCCAGGCUCAAAGCAGCCACUCAUUAUACCAUCACCAUCCGCGGGGUCACUCAGGACUUCAGCACAACCCCCCUCUCUGUUGAAGUCUUGACAGAGGAGGUUCCAGAUAUGGGAAACCUCACAGUGACUGAGGUUAGCUGGGAUGCUCUCAGACUGAACUGGACCACGCCAGAUGGAACCUAUGACCAGUUUACCAUUCAGGUCCAGGAGGCUGACCAGGUGGAAGAGGCUCACAACCUCACCGUUCCUGGCAGCCUGCGCUCCAUGGAAAUCCCAGGCCUCAGGGCUGGCACUCCUUACACAAUCACGCUGCACGGCGAGGUCAGGGGCCACAGCACUCGAUCCCUUGCUUUAGAGGUCAUUACAGAGGAGCUCCCACAGCUGGGAGAUUUAGCCGUGUCUGAGGUUGGCUGGGAUGGCCUCAGACUCAACUGGACAGCAGCUGACCAGGCCUAUGAGCACUUUGUCAUUCAGGUGCAGGAGGUCAACAAAGUGGAGGCAGCCCAGAACCUCACGGUGCCUGGCAGCCUCCGGGCUGUGGACAUCCCGGGCCUCAAGGCCGCCACGCCUUACACAGUCUCCAUCUAUGGGGUGAUCCGGGGCUAUAGAACACCAGUGCUCUCUGCUGAGGCUUCCACAGCCAAAGAACCUGAAAUUGGAAACUUAAAUGUUUCUGACAUCACUCCCGAGAGCUUCAAUCUCUCCUGGACAGCUACCGAUGGGAUCUUCGAGACCUUUACCAUUGAAAUUAUUGAUUCCAAUAGGUUGCUGGAGAUUGUGGAAUAUAAUAUCUCUGGUGCUGAACGAACUGCCCAUAUCUCAGGGCUACCCCCUAGUACUGAUUUUAUUGUCUACCUCUCUGGACUUGCUCCCAGCAUCCGGACCAAAACCAUCAGUGCCACAGCCACAACAGAGGCCCUGCCCCUUCUGGAAAACCUAACCAUUUCCGACAUUAAUCCCUACGGGUUCACAGUUUCCUGGAUGGCAUCGGAGAAUGCCUUUGACAGCUUUCUAGUAACGGUGGUGGAUUCUGGGAAGCUGCUGGACCCCCAGGAAUUUACACUUUCAGGAACCCAGAGGAAACUGGAGCUUAGAGGCCUCAUAACUGGCAUUGGCUAUGAGGUUAUGGUCUCUGGCUUCACCCAAGGGCACCAAACCAAGCCCUUGAGGGCUGAGAUUGUUACAGAAGCCGAACCAGAAGUUGACAACCUUCUGGUUUCAGAUGCCACCCCAGACGGUUUCCGUCUGUCCUGGACAGCUGAUGAAGGGGUCUUCGACAAUUUUGUUCUCAAAAUCAGAGAUACCAAAAAGCAGUCUGAGCCACUGGAAAUAACCCUACUUGCCCACGAACGUACCAGGGACAUAACAGGUCUCAGAGAGGCUACUGAAUACGAAAUUGAACUGUAUGGAAUAAGCAAAGGAAGGCGAUCCCAGCCAGUCAGUGCUAUAGCAACAACAGCCAUGGGCUCUCCAAAGGAAGUCAUUUUCUCUGACAUCACUGAAAAUUCGGCUACUGUCAGCUGGAGGGCACCCACUGCCCAGGUGGAGAGCUUCCGGAUUACCUAUGUGCCCAUUACAGGAGGUACACCCUCCAUGGUAACUGUGGAUGGAACCAAGACUCAGACCAGGCUGGUGAAACUCAUACCUGGGGUGGAGUACCUUGUCAACAUCAUUGCCAUGAAGGGCUUUGAGGAAAGUGAACCUGUCUCAGGGUCGUUCACCACAGCUCUGGAUGGCCCAUCUGGCCUGGUGACAGCCAAUAUCACUGACUCGGAAGCCUUGGCCAGGUGGCAGCCGGCCAUUGCCACUGUGGACAGUUAUGUCAUCUCCUACACAGGGGAGAAAGUGCCAGAAAUUACACGCACGGUGUCCGGGAACACAGUGGAGUAUGCUCUGACCGACCUCGAGCCUGCCACGGAAUACACACUGAGAAUCUUUGCAGAGAAAGGGCCCCAGAAGAGCUCAACCGUCACUGCCAAGUUCACAACAGACCUCGAUUCUCCAAGAGACUUGACUGCUACUGAGGUUCAGUCAGAAACUGCCCUCCUUACCUGGCGACCACCCCGGGCAUCAGUCACCGGUUACCUGCUGGUCUAUGAAUCGGUGGAUGGCACAGUCAAGGAAGUCAUUGUGGGUCCAGACACCACCUCCUACAGCCUGGUAGACCUAAGCCCAUCCUCCCACUACACCGCCAAGAUCCAGGCACUCAAUGGGCCCCUAAGGAGCAAUAUGAUCCAGACCAUCUUCACCACAAUUGGACUCCUGUACCCCUUCCCCAAGGACUGCUCCCAAGCAAUGCUGAAUGGAGACACGACCUCUGGCCUCUACACCAUUUAUCUGAAUGGUGAUAAGGCCCAGGCACUGGAAGUCUUCUGUGACAUGACCUCUGAUGGGGGUGGAUGGAUUGUGUUCCUGAGACGCAAAAACGGACAUGAGAACUUCUACCAAAACUGGAAGGCCUAUGCUGCUGGAUUUGGGGACCGCAGAGAAGAAUUCUGGCUUGGGCUGGACAACCUGAGCAACAUCACAGCCCAAGGGCAGUACGAGCUCCGGGUGGACCUGCGGGACCAUGGGGAGACAGCCUUUGCUGUCUAUGACAAGUUCAGCGUGGGAGAUGCCAAGACUCGCUACAAGCUGAAGGUGGAGGGGUACAGCGGGACAGCAGGUGACUCCAUGGCCUACCACAACGGCAGGCCCUUCUCCACCUUCGACAAGGACACGGAUUCAGCCAUCACCAACUGUGCUCUGUCCUACAAGGGAGCUUUCUGGUACAGGAACUGUCACCGUGUCAACCUGAUGGGGAGAUAUGGGGACAAUAACCACAGUCAGGGCGUUAACUGGUUCCACUGGAAGGGCCAUGAACACUCAAUCCAGUUUGCUGAGAUGAAACUGAGACCAAGCAACUUCAGAAAUCUUGAAGGCAGGCGCAAACGGGCAUAAAUUCCAGGGACCACUGGGUGAGAGAGGAGUAAGGCCCAGAGCGAGGAAAGGAUUUUACCAAAGCAUCAAUACAACCAGCCCAACCAUCAGUCCACACCUGGGCAUUUGGUGAGAGUCAAAGCUGACCAUGGAUCCCUGGGGCCAACGACGACAGCACAGGCCUCACCUCCUCUGUGAUUUCUUUCUUUGCACCAAAGACAUCAGUCUCCAACAUAUUUCUGUUUUGUUGUUUGAUUCAGCAAAAAUCUUCCAGUGACAACAUCGUAAUAGUUUUUUACUUCUCUUGGGUGGCUCUGGGAAUGGGAGAGGGGUAGGAUGUACAGGGGUAGUUUGUUUUAGAACCAGCCAUAUUUUACAUGAAGCUAUAUAAUUAAUUGUCAUUAUUUUUGUUAGCAAAGAUUAAAUGUGUCAUUGGAAGCUGUCCCUUUUUUUACAUUUCAUACAACAGAAACCAGAAAAGCAAUACUGUUUUCAUUUUAAGGGUAUGAUUAAUAUUAUUAAUAUAAUAAUGAUGAUGGUGAUGAAAACUAAGGGUUUUUCAAGAGAUCUUUCUUUCCAAAACAUUUCUGGACAGUACCUGAUUGUAUUUUUUUUUUUUUAAUAAAAGCACAAGUACUUUUGAGUUUGUUAUUUUGUUUUUAAUUUGUUGAGUCUGAAUUUCAUCAAAGCCAAUCAUUUGAACAAAGCGGGGAAUGUUAGGAUAGGAAAGGUAAGUAGAGGUGGUGGUCAAGCAGGAGGGGUGGAAAGGAGACUCAAGACUGGAAGGAAGGAAAGCACUUUUAUAAGCAAAGUUGAACACGCUUGUGAAAAGCUUACAGGCCAGGCAUGGUGGCUCAUGCCUGUAAUCCCAACACUUUGGGAGGCCGAAGUGGGAGGAUAGCUUGACCCCAGGAGUUUGAGACCAGCCUGAGCAACAUAGUCAGACCUUGUCUCUACAAAAUAAUAAUAAUAAUAAUAAUUAAAUUAGCCAAGUGUGGUAGUGCACACCUGUAGUCCCAGCUACUCAGGAGGCUGAGGUAGGAAAAUCGCUGGAGCCCAGAGUUCGAGGUUACAGUGAGCUAUGAUCACACCACUGCACUCUAGCCUGGGCAACAGAGGGAAACCUUGUCUCUAAAAAAAAAAAAAAAGAAAAAAAAAAAAAAGCUUACAGCUUGAGAUUCAGCAUCUUACUCAGUAUUUCUAACACUAAUAGAUUAUGUUAAAAGAUGCUUUUAUACUCAUUUUCUAAUGAAACCUCCUAGAAAUUCUAUGAUAUAGUUGAGGUAAGGAUUGUUACCACACAUGGACUAAGACCCCCAGAGGCAGACUACCUGAGUUCAAUUCUUGGCUCCACCAUUCCCAAGUUCCCUAACCUCUCUAUGCCUCAGUUUCUCUUCUGUAAAGUGGGGAUACUCAUACUUCUUAUUUCAGAACAUGUUUGUGAAGAAUCAAUUAUGUUAUCCAUUUGAGGCCCUUAGAAUGGUGCCUGGAGUAUAUUAAGUGCUAGUACGUGUUAGCUAUCACCAUUAUCACUUUACAUGAGAUGAACUGGGGUUCAUAGAAACUCAAUGACUUGAUAGUGGUUACUACUCAAUAAAUAAUAGAAUUUGGAUUUAAA